AAACCUCGAGAACACAUUCUGCACGGUGUUCAGACAGACACGAUGGCGACGAAACUGCGGAUAUUGGUACCUGUGAAGCGGGUCAUUGACUAUGCUGUCAAACCACGCGUCAACAAAGCGCAAACGGGCGUAGAAACAAACGUCAAGCAUUCGAUGAAUCCCUUCGACGAACUAUCCAUCGAGGAAGCUGUCCGCAUGCGCGAAGCGAAGAAGCCGGUCGAAGACAUUCUUGCCUUUUCAGCCGGACCUGCGAAGUCUCAGGAUAUCCUACGUACUGCGAUGGCUAUGGGUGCCGACCGAGGCUUGCUUGUGCAAGAGGAUAAAAUUGAACUGGAACCGCUCGGGGUCGCGAAGUUGUUGAAGAAGGUUGUGGAAGACGAGAAGAGAAAUCUGGUGAUUUUGGGGAAACAAUCUAUCGACGACGAUGCGAAUCAGACUGGGCAGAUGCUGGCAGGACUCUUGAAUUGGCCUCAAGCUACGCAGGCUAGCAAGGUCGACAUUGCCGAGGAUGGCAGUGUGCAGGUGACGAGGGAGGUUGACGGUGGUGUGGAGACGCUGAAGGCUAAGCUCCCGAUGAUUAUCACGACGGAUUUGAGGUUGAAUGAGCCUCGGUAUGCCAGUCUGCCCAAUAUUAUGAAGGCGAAGAAGAAGCCUUUGGAGAAGAAGACGCUCAAGGAUUAUGGAAUGGAGGAUGGAGGGAAGAGGUUGAAGACUAUCAAGGUCGCUGAGCCGCCCGCGCGACAGGGCGGUGGCAAAGUGGAGGAUGUCGAUGGUAUGAUCGCGAAGCUCAAGGAACUGGGCGCGCUGUAAAAGGAGGAGACGAGUGAAUGAGGGUUCUGUACAUAGGUGUCGUAGGUUACCUGUGCUGCAAAGGAAGCCUGAGGUGAGUUCGCUGCCUCAUCUGAUCGGUAGCUAAUCUGCCAAAGUCGCGCAGAGUGACGGUCGCUUGCCUUCGCCACUUCACAAUACACGAACGCUUUUUGCAUCUUCUUCCUGACCACCAAUAGCACCACUAUCCGCUACCACGGGUAGUAGAGUUCGACAUUCACCGGCAACCGUCUAUGCACAAGUGCCGUGCCACUUGUGAAGCACUGACUUCUCUUCACUUCUGCCAAAUCUAGGAACCCUCCUAGCAACUACAUAUUCAGCGACCGCGGCGCAAUCACGCAGCUUGCUCAAGCCGCAAUCCCGUACCAGCACCCAUCUUGCUCCGAAGCUACCAACCUAACGUCCAAAGCCAAAGCCAAAGCCAGCUUGUCACAACCGGAUCCCGUUCUUCUUCUUCUUCUUCAUUGCACCGGCUUGGGCGCAUACACCGCUCGCAACAAUUAAUCGCAUCUCUCGACAGUAACUUCGACUACGCUUCCGCCGCGGAGCAGAACGCACUCCGCCGACGGAAUAUCGACGGACGCGAAGGCAGCCAGAAAUCAACAUGGCUGAUA